AAAGUAAUAACGCCUAACAGCACAUAUAAAUAUAUAUUUUCGCAAUUAUAUCUUACAGACGAACAUUAGCUCAUUAGAGAUCCUUUUGCUUCACGUUUGUAAAAAAGAUGCAAGCAGCGAACCAAGCGGCUCCCGCUCUUCUACGAGGAUGGGUGGGAAAUCAGCGACUAUUUGCCAAUAAAGUGGCAUUGUCUAUGGAGAAAUCAGUUCCAGGCUUUGCAUUUGUCAACAAUGUCACCAACAGUGCACCUUUGUGGAAGUGGGCUCUAGCUAUCGUACCCCUCACUCAGGCCGUCACUGGAGAACCUUCAGUUGAUAAGUUGGACCUGAAUCAGAGUUUGUCGCUGACAUUCACUGGAAUAGUAUGGUCGUACUACGCUACUAUCAUUCAACCUCAGAAUGCGGGUUCCAAGGCUCUGUGCGCUGUGAACAUCGCACUACUCACGUCCAACGGUUACAACGCUUACCGAAAGAUGAAGUAUGACGGCGUUAUUUAAUUCGUUCAGCACCAGAGAGCUAUGUCAUAAGGCAAUAAAUAUUAAUAUUGGUCAUAUAAUAUCACCCCAAAAUGUUCUCUAAUAAAUAGCUCUUGCAUUCCUACAUCAGAGAUUCUGCAAAAUGGUCGAG